CUCGUUAACCGCUUAUCCCCUCUUUUUUUUUUUUUUUUUUCUGUCUCUCCUUUCCGCCCCAACCGGGCUGCUUAAUUUCGCCCUGUCAUGGUCCUCAACACCCUCACUGUCGGCGCUGCCGUCACGCCCACCAUCAUCGAGACGUAUGUCUCGCAUUAUCUCAACCGGAAGCCGCAUCGCGAAAAACCCACGGCCCACAUCAGCUACGACGAAGGCCUCCAACUCGUCCGCAAGUUCCUGCACGUCGCCGCCAACCACACCGUCGAUGAAAUCCAGGCUUUCACCCAGCAAUGGGUUCCCGUGCCCCAUUGGGUCAAGACCGACGCCAUCACUAUCCCCCGUCACAAGCUCAACCAGGCCGCGGACCUCUUGCAACAUCAACUCGGCCCCGAUGGAAUUGAACGUGUAGGCGGCAAGACCUGGUGGCAAUGGCGUCGCGACAAUGCCGACCUCAAGGCCGAAUGGAUCGAAAUGCGCAAUGAUUACCAAGAACGCGUCGCUGUUGGUGAUGACGCGCCGCAGCGCAUCAUGCUGUACGUUCAUGGCGGAGCCUACUACUUUGGCAGUGUCGACGAGCAUCGCUACCAGAUGCAGAGACACGCGCGCAAGCUCAAGGCUCGCAUCCUAGCUCCCCGCUACCGAUUGGCGCCCCAAUUUCCCUUCCCCUGUGGCCUCCAGGACUCUCUCGCUACCUACCUGUACCUGCUCGAGGAGGGCCAUGACCCGGCUACCAUCUUGGUCGCGGGUGACUCGGCUGGCGGAGGAAUGAUUCUUUCCAUGCUUGUCACGCUCCGUGACCAGGGCAUUGCUCUGCCGGCGGGUGGCAUUUUGCUGAGUCCCUGGGUCGACUUAACCCACUCUUUCCCAAGCGUUGGCGGAAACGACGAACAAGAUUAUAUUCCAUCAUUCGGAUUCAUGCACAAGCCAUCGGUGUCGUGGCCUCCGCCGAACGCCGACGACAUGGCUGCUAUCGAAAAGGGUUCCAUGGAUCUCACUGCGAAGCUCGGAAAAGGCAAGUCGGGCAAGGGUGUGUCGGAGGAAGCGAAAAAGGAGCGUGCUCGAGGAUACUCCAUUGAGCAACCCGGCACCGAACAACCUUCCGUCAACCAGCCUCCGCCGGAAUUCGCCAACACCGCGUUCCACAGAUACGUUGCCGCCCCGCCGCCGAACCUUUCCAUCACGAUCGAUGGCCAGCUCAUCACCAUCAAGGACCAGAUCCAGCUUUACGCUGCGAACCAUCUGCUCACGCACCCGCUGGUUUCUCCAGCUCUUCAGCCUACGCUUGGUGGGCUUCCUCCGCUGCUCAUCCAGGUUGGCGGUGGUGAGCUUCUCCGCGAUGAGCAGAUCUACCUUGCGCACAAGGCUGCUCACCCGUCGGAUUAUCUGCCUGAUCUCUCCCAUUGUUCUCCCGAUCAGGUCGAGCACGUCAUGGCUGAAAUCAGGCGCUAUGGCCCGACAGACGUCAAGCUCGAGGUUUGGGACGACAUGUGCCACGUUGGACCUACUCUGAGUUUCACAAGGCCCGCAAAGUUCAUGUACCGCUCCAUUGCGCAAUUCGGUGCCUGGGCUCUGGCAAGGGCUCAGCAAAUUUCCAUCGACAUCGAAGACACCGAGUCCAUUUCCAACAGCAGCUCCUCCGGAGAUGACGCCGGACGGUCGCGGUCUAACGCCAAGCCAUCGGAUAACACUGACGGCGUCGACGGCGCCACCCCCAUGUCUGGCGUCACUGACGAGGAAGAGGUCGUCGGUCGUGCCGGCGAUCCCAUCCCCGAGUUCCACGACCACAUGGUCCGCCAGCGUAUCAACCGACACGGCAAGAUCCGCGCCAUGGAGCCCAUCUCCCAGAUCGAGGCUUUGCAGAUGCCCUCCGAGAGCAUUGGCGCGAUCAAAGAAAUCCCCGUACGUAAAUGGAUGGCGUCGCAGCAGAAAUGGGCCACAAAGUUCGCCAAGGAAAAGCGCAACCUGCAGAAAAAACGCAUCGAGGAGCUCGCCGCGGGAGGCUACGAGGAGUUUGAAGGGGAGACGCCGCCGCCAACGGCCCUGGCCGGGCGUAGGCUCAAGGACAUGCCGAAGUUGAAGAAGGUCAAGAAGAGCUGGGGCAUGUCCAUGUGGAGCGGCUGGGGCAGCAAGCACGACCAAACACGGGUACAGCUCGAGCGCCGCGCCGAAGCCAGCUCCAGCCGCGGCUCCGACCGCGCCGUCACGAGCGAUGGCCGGGCGCCGCGGCGUUCGCAGUCGGUCAGUGCGGCCGCUAGGGGCCGUGACAGGCGCAACACGGUUGAGAGCCGCCGCCGCUCGCACUCGAUGCGGCGCACCGUCACGGACGAGGGCCAAAGCCAAACGACGACGGGCAUGUCGGAGGACUCGCCGGACACAGGCUCGGACUUCGCGCCCGGCCACGUCACCGCGUCGGCCAUAGGACCGGCAGCCGCGGCCGCAGCGGCAGGGUCAGGCAACGCGGAUCCAGUCGCCGCACAGCAGGCCGCGAACGAGAACCGGCACGGGCCGGCGAUCGUGAUAGACAGCGCGCACGCGGCGGAGGGAGCGCCCCCUACGAUCGUCCCCGCCAGCGACACGGGCAGCACACGCCCGACGCGGGAGGGCAUCGCGUACCCCUUCAAGCUGAACACGGGGCACCACCGGCCGAACCCGAGCACGACGACGCUGAUGAGCUUCGCGAGCCAGCGCACGGAUGGCAGCGGUAGCGGGACGGACGCGGAGAGCCGGGGGAGCGAGGAGGAUGGGCGCGCCGAGAGGGUGCUCACGGAGGCGAGCAGUGAGGCCGAGAGAAGGGCGGAGGAGGAGGCGGAGUUGCCUGAACGGCCGGCGCCUGAAAGGUUUGUUACUGCGAAUGAGUUUUAGGGGAUGGGGUUGAGGAGAGAGGGAGAGUGUUACUUCUUCUGUUUUGAUAUCCAUUUGUGAAGGGUUAGUUGGUUGGGAGGUUGGUUAGGAGGUUGUAUGUGUAUAGAAGAGGAGGCUUCUUCGCUUUCGGACUGGACUGGACUGGACCUGCUAGAUACUUUUCUCUUUUCUCUGGUGUGGAGCGGAGGCGAUCGAUGUAUAGAUCUCCUGCCUUUUCUUCUUUUCUUUUCUUUUUUUUUUUUUUUCUUCUUUUCUUCUUGUUCAUUCUUUU